GCGUCGCCGCAGUUGCGAACACGAGACGGCAGCCUGGCUGAGACGAGGAGGAAGAAGCGGCGGCGGAGGUGGUGGGGAGGGGAGGAGAUGGCGUCCAUCGGCUCCUCCAACGUCGGGUUCCAGCUUCUGAAGAAAUCCGGAUGGAAGGAGGGCACCGGCCUCGGGGCGCAGGAGCAGGGGAGGUUGGAGCCUAUAGAAACUCGUGUGAAGAAUAACAAGCGUGGCUUAGGUUCCAAAGAACCAAAGUUAAAGUCAAAGGUUGAUGAUGGUGAUGAAAAAGAUCCUAAGAAGGUUAAGCCGGAGGCGCCCAAGAAGAAGGCAAAGUUGGCCGCAAAGAGGAUACGGAAGAUGCAAGAAGAAGAGAAGCGGUUACAAGAGAGGGAAUUCGAAAUGGCUUUCUUCAGGGAAUUUUGGCCUGAUAAUGUGUAAAACUAAGAACAUAGCCGUUCUGGACUGGCUGUUCGACCGGCUGGUCUCAGCUUUUGACGCCAUUGUACAGAACAGCAGCUUUGGCGACGCCUUGCAAAUUGCGACCACCUUACCUCAACACCGUUUCCAGCCCUUCGGCCUUGCGUGUUUAGCUAAAUGUUUACACUGAUUCAAUGAAAGUUUCUGCAGAGAUGCUGUGUUGUAUUACAUUACAGUUGUAUAUAACUGUUUGUUAGAUUAUAUGUCCACCUUUUUUUCCCUCGAGUGAAUGUUAUUGCAUGAAACGUCAGGAAGCUCUCCUAAGCCAAAGUCAAUUGAAAAUUAGAAA